GAGUUUUGGGAUUUUCGGGAAAGAAUUGAAACGCCCGACGGUGAUUGGUUUCACGCCGAUAUAAAAAAAGCUAGCGGCGCCGCAUUGAAUGCACCAACCGUUGUCGUUUGUCAUGGCUUGGAAUCGAAUUCAGCGUCUCCGGUUUCUACUGGAAUGGCAAAAGCUUAUGCCAAUGAAGGAAUGAACUGCGUUUGCUUAAAUUUUCGUGGAUGUUCUGGGACUCCGAACGAUCGGUUGGGCGGAUAUCAUCUAGGUUUCACGGAUGACCUUAAGCAAUUCCUUUCAAUAUUAAAGGAACGCUCAGGAGGGCGCGUUUAUCUCUCGGGCUAUUCACUGGGCGGAAAUGUCGUUUUGAAGUGCCUUGGUGAACUCGGGGAAGAUGCUUUGUAUAAAUACAAUGUUUACGGCGCUGCAGUCUUGUGUGCUCCACUGGAUCAGAAAAGAAAUGCCGACAUCCUUGCUUCAGAACCGAUCUACACUAGUAAUCUACUCAAGUCGCUGCAAAAAAGAGCCCAGAAUCAGCUAGAGUUGUUUUGUGACAACGAUGCAAGCACUAUUCGCUUUGACUAUAAGCGCGCUAUGGAUGCAAGUAACAUCACAGAGUUUGAUGAUGCAUUUAUUGCUCCGAUUUAUGGGUUUGAUAGCGCUUGGGACUAUUACGACAAGACAUCGGCAAUAUUUUUCCUGGAAAGCAUUGCCGUUCCUACGUUUAUUUUAAACGCAAAGGAUGAUCCUUUUAUGAAUCCUGACGUGUGGCCUGUUGAGAAAACGAUCAAUGGUGGCGGAAGGGCUCCAAUAAAAAUGGCUAGAACCGAUUACGGAGGUCACUUGGGAUAC